AUGGCCCUGGUUCCAGAGCCCCUCCCCACCUUCGUCAUCACCCUCACCAAGCCGCUGCGCCCUUCCCUCCGCCCCCGCGCCGACCACGCCACUCGCCUCGUCUGCCGGCACGCCCAAACCCCCACCAUGUCCGGGCCCGCUUCCAAGUCCUCCCUUACCCGCCCGACGACCUUUGCGCGCCACAACCCUCGCGUCGACGUCAUCUUCAACGUCGUCUCGGGCACGCGCGACCCCGACCGCGACCUCUCGCUCAUUCAGGCCACGCUCGAAAAGUCCUUUGAGCGCGUCGUCUUCUGGAAGACCACCCCGGACAAGGCCGGGGAAGAGCUCGGCCGCGAGGCAAUCGCGGACGGCGCGCGCGUCCUCGUCGCCUGCGGGGGUGACGGCACCGUCGCGGGUGUGGCCGCAGCUGUGCAAAAAAGUAAGGAUGACAGCGCGGAUCAAGCCGACGCACCCGUCUUGGGCGUCGUGCCCAGGGGUACGGCAAACGCCCUGUGCGCCGCUCUGGAUAUUCCCACAAAUGUCAAGGAGGCAGCAGGAAUGAUCGCAGGUGGGCACGUGAGGAAGAUUGACUUUCCGAAAAUCGACCACCCCAAUGAAGACGUGCCUUCCGCCAUGCUGCUGUUGUGCGGCGUCGGCUUUGAGGCGAACACUGUGAAGAGGGCUGACCGAGGCAUGAAACGCGCGCUUGGCAUGGUCGCCUAUGCGGUGGCGGGCUUGCUCACGACAUGGAAACAAUCCUCUUUCAAGACAGACAUCGUCUUGCAUGGCGUCGAUGACUCGCUCAUGUUUGGGGACGGCAACAUCAAGUCUGACGUGAUGCACUUGCAAAACCUUCAGCUCAAGGGCGUCACCGUCGCGAAUGCCGCACCUGCCACUAGCGUACUCGCGCAAGGCAUCGGGAAAGUGGCUCCCGACGAUGGCUUGCUGGAGGUUGUAUGCGUGUCGUCAAGUUCCCCGCUCGGCCUCAUUCGUAUCAUGCUUUCGAUGCUGCGGUCGGCUCUAAUGCGUACGAGGGAGCGACGUGGAAAGGUAUACGGUCUUCGUGCGAGGAAGGUGGUCAUCACGUGCGACCCUCCGCAGCGAAUCGUUGUCGAUGGCGAACCAGCGGGGAAAACGCCGAUCACUAUUGAGAUGAAGCCAGAUAUGAGGCAGAUUCAGGUCAUAGCCCCGAAGGCUAGCGUUGUGAACAGAAGGAGAAAGCGUUUUGGAAGGUCGCUCACCAGGUUGUGGCGAAAUGUGAGGGGGGUUGCCUUGCUCGCAAUAACCGUUGCCUUUAUGAAACACAAGACGAAACUUGACUUGCGUCGUCGACUCACGUUAUAA